GCUGUGACGAUGGACUGUAACUCAAGUCUUUCCUAUUCUAAUCCUGGGUUGGGCCACUUGCUUUCUGUUUAUAGCCACGUUUCCUCUGUAGCUUUGACCAUCGAGCCAUCCAGCCAAGUCAUUCGGAAAUAGCGAAGUGCUAUGAUUAGCAGUUACUGAUAGGGGCAUUCCACACCUGGAACCAACAGACCAAUUCACCCUGGCAAAGCGUCUCUCAAGCUAUGGCCCCUGCAUUUUACAGCAACUCUCUUCAAAAGCAGCCGUUUUUAGCUAUGGUGCGAAGACCUUUAGCUGGUACUGAUGAUGCAACUAUCUGUACUUGGGGCCAACAGACCUAGCCACCCUAGUCAAGCGCCUUACUAUAGAAUGGCUGGUCCAACUGCUAACCCGGUCGUUGCGGACUGUAUAGCCGCUACACCCUGAGCAUCCUGAGGUAGUCUCUUGAGGCACAAAUCCUAUUCGUCUCCUGACGCUGGUAGCUCUGGGCCCCCAUGGCCUUGACCGUGGGCUGGCGUCUCCGUGGCCGGUGGCUGGCGUCUCCUUGGUCGACAGUCGCGGACAACGGUCUGGUUGUAGGCAUGGAAUCUCAGGAAUUCGACAUGGACAACCUCCAAGCAACUGUGUAUAAAACCCAGCCUACUCUCGCAGCUAUCAUGGUGCUGUCUCUAGAUGCCACAGAUCCUUCAAUUCUUCAGCUCCAAUCCUGCCUUCGUAUCAUCAGCCUCAUUGACCAACAUGUCUCAAACCUAUAGCCCUCUCGAAGUUUCGAAGCGAACGCUCCACGAAGCGUGGCGUCGGCGAGACCAGGCAAAGCUUGAUCUCGAAGAUGCGAACGCGGAGUAUCGGUCGCUAUAUAGAAGGUGCCAGCAAGGAAGAGGCAGUUCCGUACAACUCGAUGGUGUGGCAAGGCGUGUGCGCAACCUUGAAUAUGCGGUAGAGAACAAAUUGCCGGCUGCUAUCGCGAGUGCCUACGAAAGAUACCUGUGGGACUUCUACACUGAACACGGCUUGGGGCCAUUGCCUUAUGACAUCUCUGAAAAUACCUCGCAAUAUUUGGGUGAUCGCGCGAGGCAGAUUCGGAACCAGGUGGAGGCGCAGUACCUCAGAGAGCUCCAGGGACAGCGCUGAGGCCCUAAGGUUCGACAACCUUCGCUACAGAUUUAGGUAUCAAUUCCUAUUUUGGCAACUUCUAGUGGUGUUAUUCUUUGCGUCGACAACACCCUCCGGAGGCACCUAGGGAAUGUGGCAUAUAUACAGCAAGGUCUUGGUUUCGAGCUAGGUCGUGUUAGAUAUGGGUAUUUGUUUUAGUUAUAUAACGUCAGAUAUAGAGAAUGUGCGGGCCAGUUCUUUUCUCAUUCACCUAAUUUCAUGAAGAC